GAUCUCCGGCUUCCGGCACCGGGGAGCAGGAAGCGCUGGCGGAGCCCUCGGGCCGCAGCGUCCCUGGGCGGCGAGCGGGGCGACUGAGCUGUGGGUGCUGCCUGGCUGUGCGCGAAGUGCCGUACACAAGCAGUGUUGUUUUAUGGCCCCCGCACUGUGUGAGUAGGCGCCGUUACGAGCCCGUUUUACAGAUGAGGAAGCUGAGCCCCCGAGGAACGCCCACACAGCGGAGAAGGGUUCAGAGUCUGAAAUCAAACGCAGACCUCUGCACAUUUUCCUCCUGCAACCUGGGAGAAGACCCACUGGCUGAAUGGCAGCUGUGGAUAACUUGCAGUUUGAAGAAUUUGGUGAUGCACCCACUUGCCUAGCAGCAAACCCAGAAGACACCACGAUAAGCAUUGAGGAUCCUGGUGAAACCCCAAAGCAUCUUCCAGGACCUGCAAGAGGCUCGGGGAGAGAAGAGGAUGAUGAGUUACUGGGCAAUGAUGACUCUGACAAAACUGAGUUACUUGCUGGACAGAAGAAAAGCUCUCCCUUCUGGACAUUUGAAUAUUAUCAAACAUUCUUUGACGUGGACACUUACCAGGUCUUUGACAGAAUAAAAGGGUCUCUUUUGCCAAUACCUGGGAAAAACUUUGUGAGGUUAUAUAUCCGCAGCAAUCCAGAUCUCUAUGGGCCCUUUUGGAUAUGUGCCACGUUGGUCUUUGCCAUAGCAAUUAGCGGGAAUCUUUCCAACUUCUUAAUCCAUCUGGGAGAGAAGACGUACCAUUAUGUGCCCGAAUUCCGCAAAGCCCAGGCUGACUUUGGACUGAGAGCGAUCCUCCUGCCUCAGCCUCCUGCAUCAGUUACAGGCGUGCACCACCAUACCUUGUCCAUAGCAGCCACAGUCAUCUAUGCCUAUGCCUGGCUGGUUCCUCUUGCUCUCUGGGGUUUCCUCAUGUGGAGAAACAGCAAGGUUAUGAACAUCGUUUCCUAUUCCUUUCUGGAGAUUGUGUGCGUCUAUGGCUAUUCGCUCUUCAUUUAUAUCCCCACAGCAAUUCUGUGGAUUAUCCCCCAGAAAGCAGUUCGUUGGAUCCUAGUCCUGAUUGCCCUGGGCAUCUCAGGAUCUGUCUUGGCAAUGACGUUCUGGCCAGCUGUUCGUGAGGAUAACCGGCGCGUUUCAAUGGCCACGAUCGUGACAAUUGUGAUGCUUCACAUGCUGCUUUCUGUGGGCUGCUUGGCCUACUUUUUUGAUGCCCCAGAGAUGGACCAUCUCCUGACAUCUACAGCUACUUCUAACCAAACGGUUGGAGCAGCCAAGUUCAGCUAAGGAGAAAGUUCUCUUUUCAUGUAUUGGGGAGCGUGGUUCUUCUGGACCUGGAUCUGCUGCAGGAAAGCAGAGUGGCCAAAGCAGGCAGGAAGUGGACAACGGCUCUGUGCCGAAGCUCAUCACCUAUUUAAUAAACAGGACAAAAUGCUGGGCUAGGAAGUGGCUCAAUGUAGUGCGUCUCCCUAGCAUGAGGGAGGCCCUGGUUUUGAUCUCCAGCAGCACAAAACCACAGCAAAUCAAACAUUAAAUGUUGUUCAGCACA